UAUUGUGUUUAUUGACCAUAGACUGAGAAGCAUAAAUUUAUCAGACCAGGUAGUUCUCUUCUACCAAUUGGAGCAGGACCUGCAUAUCACAUGGGCUGGAAUGGUUGGCAGGUUGCUUAGUCCUUAGGGAUGGGUUAGCUGUGCAGCCUGUAGGUAGAGACCUUUCAGUAGGAGGGCCCUGCUACAACUGGUGCCUGGCUACUUGGUGUAACCCUUACUCAGGUUUCUAAAGCAGCAUCACUUGUGGGGCAAGGACCUCUCACGUGGGCUGCCUAAGGUUAAGUAGAUUCAUUUUCUGAAAGACGAGGGAUCUAAAAGGGUGUGAUUGCUUUGGCUGUAAACUACCUACCGCUAGUUUCCUUUUCCUGCAAAGAGGAAUCUAUAGGACAAUUCGGGGUUUGCUUUGAAGCUUUAAACCCCUGUUGAGUGGAUGCUGAGACCCAUAUGAAAAAUUAUGAGUGGAGGCAAUGAACUAAUCCCCGAAUUGGGCAGGCUGCUUUUCUAUAUCCUGAUCGUUUGGCUUAUUAGAGGAAGAGCUGACCAGAGACAUACUAUCCGGGGCUGGUGUUGCACCCCUGUAAUCCCAGCAUUCUAGAGACCCAAAUUUAAGUCUAGCCUGUGAGAUUCUGUGAUCCCGUCUCCAAAAGGGGGUUGGUUGCAUAGCACUGCAAAGGAUUUGAGUUCAAUCCCAGGUACUACACACAAAAACAAUUAGUAUAAGCUGUGAGCCAUUGACUUAGGAGUACCCUGGCCACUACCUUGGUUUUUGAAGCCUCUGGCUCGUUUGGGUCUUGCCAUCCAGCACCACGCGAUUCCUCUACCAAGACCCAACAGGUGGAUAACGAGACGAACCCUCGUUUUCCAGAGCGGCCCUAAGGCCGGCACACAGGGCGGGGUCGGCGACGUCACUUCCAGCUUCGUCUUGAUUGGCAGCCCGUGAGGUCUAGUGUGGGCGUCCGCUGCUCUGCCGCGCUGAGGGUCUUGCUAAGUAAUGCAGGCUGGCCUUGAAUUCACUUAUAUAGCCCAAGGUAUCUCUGACUUCAUGAAGAGCCUCCUGUUACAGCCUUCUGAGUGCUGGGAUUACAAAGCUUUCAGUUCGAACAGCCUUUUGCAGCAUGCAUCCCAUAGGUUUGCUACCACUUGUAUGAACGUAGCUAACCCCAUGUAACACACUGAGGGGAUGAAGUCAGGUGCAGAAGGAUAGAGACUGUGAUUUGUUUCAAUUCAUCACAGAACAGCAACUGAGUGACAGGCUCCUGUGUACUGCCCUCAGGAAGCCCAGGGCACAGGUGAUGACCGCCUUAUUCACAUCUGCCUCAUUCCAGGCCCAGGUGACCUUUGAGGAUGUGGCUGUGCUGCUUUCCCAGGAUGAGUGGGGAUGUCUGGGCCCUGCUCAGAGAGGCCUCUACAGGGAUGUGAUGCUAGAGACCUACAGAAACCUGGUCUUUCUUGGAGUGGGAUCUGCAGGUCCUAAGCCUGCGGUGAUCUUGCAGCUGGAGCGAGGGGAUGAGCCAUGGGUCCUGAACACGGAGGAAGCUGAGGGGAGAAGGCCUCUGAGAGUCAGCAGCUCAGCUUGUGGGACCAGGACUGAACACACAUUGAUGGCUUCAAGGGAGAUAGUUGGUGGACAAGAACUGCACAAGCCCACUGGGACUGGUCACCAGGAACAGAGGCCAGAAGAAGACCAUGGCUGUGUCAAGGAGCCAAAGAAGAGCUUGGAUAAGCUAAUGCAGACAGGCCCUUGUCCAGGCACCCUGACCAAUGAGGAGAGCAGCCAGAACACUUGGGGAAGGCUCAAGUUGGGGAUAGGCCCUUUCACUGAUCAGAGGCCUCACAAAUGUGAUACAUGUGAGCAGAGUUUUGAGCAGAAAUCAUAUCUUAACAACCAUAAGCGUGUGCAUAGGUCAAAAAACCUAAAGACCAUUCAUAAUUCUGGGGAGUUUUUCAAGGCACACUUAGUUGUUAGGGAAGAUCAGAAAAUUUCUACUGGGAAAAGAUUGCACGAUUGUGGCCACUGUGGGAAGACAUUCAGGUAUAGUGCUAAUCUUAUCAAGCACCAGCGGCUUCACAGUGAAGAGAAGCCCUACAAAUGUGGUGAAUGUGGGAAAGCCUUUAGCCAGAGCUGUGAGUUCAUCAACCACCGAAGGAUACAUUCUGGUGAGAUUCCUUACCGGUGUGGGGAGUGUGGGAAGACAUUUAAUCAGAGGCCCAACCUCAUGAAGCAUCAGAGGAUUCACACUGGAGAGAAGCCCUAUAAAUGUGCUGAGUGUGGUAAACACUUCAGUGCCUAUUCUUCUCUUGUGUAUCACCAGAGAAUACACACUGGAGAGAAACCCUACAAAUGUAAUGACUGUGGAAAAGCCUUCAGUGAUGGUUCUAUCCUUAUUCGACAUCGACGGACUCAUACCGGAGAGAAGCCUUUUGAGUGUAAAGAAUGUGGCAAAGGCUUUACCCAGAGUUCCAACCUUAUCCAACAUCAGAGAAUUCACACUGGAGAAAAACCAUACAAAUGUAAUGAAUGUGAGAAAGCCUUCAUCCAGAAAACCAAACUUGUUGAACAUCAGAGAAGCCAUACUGGAGAGAAGCCUUAUGAGUGUCACAACUGUGGCAAAGUCUUCAGCCAAAGCACACACCUCAUCCAGCACCAGCGGAUCCACACAGGGGAGAAGCCCUACAAAUGCAGUGAGUGUGGCAAGGCUUUCCACAAUAGCUCUAGGCUCAUUCACCAUCAGCGCUCACACCAUGGAGAGAAGCCCUACAAAUGUAGUGACUGCAAGAAAGCUUUCAGCCAAAGCACUUACCUGGCUCAGCACCGGAGGAUCCAUACAGGAGAAAAGCCCUACAAGUGCAGUGAAUGUGGGAAGGCCUUCCGGCACAGUUCCAACAUGUGUCAGCACCAGAGGAUCCACCUCCGGAAAGGCCUUUCCCCAUGACAGUGGAAGAACAUCUGUGAGGGCAGACUCCUGGUGUGCAUGUUCUCAGAUCUUACUGACUGUUCACACUGUAUUUACAGGGUGAAAUGGUAUUUAUAUCUAAUUAAACCACUUUUCUUAA